UGUGUGUGUGUGUGUGUGGUGGCAAGGCGGAGCUGGAGGCGCAGUUCCCUCCCUCGCUUCCCUUUGAGCCGGGAGAAGUGCCUCCUGCCUCCAGAGCUGGGCAAAGGGGCCACGGGGCCACGGAGGAGAGCAGAGCAGAGCAGAGGCAGAAGGGCAGCCAGGGCUCCUCCGGGCUUGCUCGGCCUCCUCUGCCCUCCUGCUCCGAGGCGCGCUCCCACCUGCGGGCUUCUCCCAUGUGCGGCCAUGCGGACAGCGCUCCCGUCCCGGCUCUGCGCCGCCGGGCUCCUGCUCCUCUCCGCCGGCGCCUUUCUUUGCACAGGUCUAACAUGUGUGUGCCAAUUGUGUGAAAAAACAAACUUCACAUGUGAAACAGAGGGAGCCUGUUGGGCUUCAGUCAUGCUAACAAAUGGUCGGCAAGAGGUAACCAAGGCAUGUGUGACCCUACCGGAACUGAAAGCACAAAUCUUCUGCCACAGUUCUAAAAACAUCACCAGGACAGAAUGCUGCUAUACUGAUUUCUGCAAUAACAUCACCAUUCACUUGCCCACAGGUCCAGAUACUUCGAUCAAACCUAAGCUGGGUCCUGUAGAGCUAACAGUGAUUAUAACUGUGCCGGUAUGUGUCUUGUGUGUGGUUUUAAUGCUGGCUGUGUACACAUGCCAAGGCCACAACUGCAAACUGAGGAAGAAAAGAAGGCCCAAUAUUGAAGAACCACUCUCUGAAUGCAAUCUAGUGAAUCCAGGGAAAACCCUCAAAGAUCUCAUUUUUGAUAUGACAACAUCUGGUUCUGGAUCAGGUUUACCUCUGCUUGUGCAAAGAACAAUUGCCAGGACUAUUGUUCUCCAGGAAUUAGUAGGAAAAGGUCGAUUUGGUGAAGUCUGGCGUGGAAAAUGGUGUGGUGAAGAUGUAGCUGUGAAGAUCUUCUCCUCAAGAGAUGAGAGGUCUUGGUUUCGUGAAGCAGAAAUCUAUCAGACAAUCAUGCUGAGGCACGAGAAUAUCUUGGGGUUUAUUGCUGCUGAUAACAAGGAUAAUGGUACUUGGACUCAGUUGUGGCUUGUAUCUGAAUACUAUGAACAAGGCUCUUUGUUUGAUUACUUAAACAGCAAUACUGUCACGGUGGAUGGGAUGAUUAAACUGACCUUCUCCAUAGCAAGUGGUCUGGCACAUCUUCACAUGGAGAUUGUCGGCACACAAGGCAAACCAGCUAUUUCACAUAGAGAUUUGAAAUCUAAAAACAUUUUAGUCAAAAGGAAUGAAACCUGUGCCAUUGCUGACCUGGGUCUGGCUGUGAAACAUGACUCUGCAUUAAACACAAUCGACAUACCUCAGAAUCCUAGAGUGGGAACCAAGAGGUACAUGGCACCAGAAAUACUUGAUGACACAAUGAAUAUGAAUAUCUUUGAAUCCUUCAAGCGGGCAGAUAUCUAUUCUCUUGGGCUGGUGUACUGGGAGAUAUCCCGAAGAUGCUCAGUUGGAGGGAUUGUUGAAGAAUACCAGUUACCUUAUUAUGAUGUUGUGCCUUCUGAUCCUUCAAUAGAAGAGAUGAGAAAGGUUGUCUGUGAACAAAAACUGAGACCUAACAUCCCCAAUCAAUGGCAUAGCUGUGAGGCUCUCAGAGUAAUGGGCCGCAUCAUGCGUGAGUGCUGGUAUACCAAUGGGGCAGCUCGUCUGACAGCGCUUCGCAUCAAGAAGACCAUUUCUCAGCUCUGUGUGCGAGAGGAGUCCAAGGCUUAAGUUUGCACACCCUGUAGAAAAGUAGAAGGAAGGAAACAUAUUGCCUCUUCUUUGAUUUUGCUCUACCUCACAUGAUGUUAAGUACAGUAUUUAAGUGCCCAAAUCCCAGAACAGAAGAUACAGAAAAGCAGCUUCUUUAGUGAUUCCACUACAUUAUUUUUGUCUUUGAAGGAGGAUUAUGGGUGAGCAGCUUGACCGAUAAAUUAGAAGUGUUUUGUAAAAGGAACAUGACACAUUAUCCAGUAAAGGGCCAUUGGCCUUGGGUUUUCUGGUGUUUUCUGCUAUCAGCAUCACAAAACCCUAGGACUUAUCUAAGGACCAAGUAUCUAAUGGGUAGGCUGUGUCACUAUUGAAAAGGCCUAUUGUGGUCUCUGCUCAUGGCGUAUCCUUCAGGAUUUCACAAAUGAAAACCAGGAGAUAUAUGCCCAACUAUCAUCAGAUGGCUAAAGAUAUUAAGAUGGCAAAAUAUAUUAAUGACACACGAUUUAGAAGAGACAUAGCAGUUUUAUUUUGCCUGAGCCUAUUGGGAAGGUUCUGCUCUUCCUCUCCUCUUUCUCCUGUCAACUGAGCGCAGUUGACUUUUGCACUUUGAACUUAGUUUGCAGCAAAUGAAGUAAGCUGAGAACAAAAAGGGAGAGUAGAAAAAGGAGAAGAGAAAUGGGACAUUUUAGAAGUGGCACAGAGCAUCAGGACUGUCCUUCCAAAUUGAGGCAGUUGGAGGGGAUGUUGUGAGAAGUAAAAGGGAACAGGAGCAUUAAUUGCUUUAGGUGGUGCUUCCAUGCUGACUGUAUUGGCUCUACACUAACUGAUCUCAUUUGCCUGAACCUUUUAUCCAUUCUGGACAUCAAAUGAAUAUAUUUUCAGCUCAGAUGAAUAACUGAGAUCUACCCCAUGAAAUCUCCCAUGGUGUUAAGAGAACUUACUUUAUUAUUGACCUUUUGGAUCACAAUUCCCAGAAAUUAUCCAGUGGCCACACUAGUGAUUUUGAUGGUGUUUUGGGAUGUUAGGCCUGGCUCCAUUCUCAUGCCAACUCAUGUACAGAUCAGUGGGCAUUUACCGAAUAAGACAUAGGAUUUUGAAAAUCAGUGCACAGCCAGAGGGAUGUGUUUAGCCUUCCAUAUUCCUUCUGGUCUGCUGAAGGGUCUUGGAGGAGUGAUGUACCUCCAUUCUCCCUCACUUCACAAGUUGUUGCCAGGGAGGACAGGCGCUCCUGCUGAUGGAAAUCAGAAUCUACUACCCGUCUCUGUACUGAACUAAGGGUGCCUCUACACUGUAGAAUUAAUGCAGUUUGACACCACUUUUAACUGCCACCAUGAUUCCACAGCACUGAGUCAUGGCAGUUGAAUGAGGACAAACAGUAUCAAUUCUGCAAUGUAAAUGCACCUUAAUAUAUAUAAGUCACAUUUGAUGACCAAAGAAAAUGUGUGUUAAGUCAACCACAUAUUCCUUGCAUCUUUGAUGAAAGGAUCAGGCAGAAGUUGACCUGAAAAUUUCCGCCUAAGGCCUCUUCCACACUGCCCCAAUAUCCCAGGAUCUGAUAUCAUAUUAUCUUCUUAUCCCAGAUUAUAAGGCAGUGGAAAUUCAUAUAAUCCAGUUUAAAGCAGAUAAUCUGGGAUCGGAUCCUGGGAUAUAAGGCAGUGUAGAAGGGGCCUAAGAUUCAAGAGGGAGUCAGUCAAAACAGGCAGAACUUGAAAUGAACCAGUCGUUUGGACUGGAAGAGGAGGCACAGUAGACCAGUGGUUCUCAACCAGGGGUCUCCAGAUGUUUUUGGCCUUCAACUCCUAGAAAUCCUAACAGCUGGUAAACUGGCUGGGAUUUCUGGAAGUUGUAGGCCAAAAACAUUUGGAGACCACAGGUUGAGAACUACUGCUUUAGACCUCCAAAACAAAGACCAAAUGAAUCAUUUUUCACAGCUAUUUGUAGAGUAGUUGGUGCCAUGUGUGUAUAAUUCAUUUGUGCAUAUAAUUAAUAUAGCUCAUUUUUGUUUAGCCCUUUAUUAACCAAAUAUGAGACAUUGAAUGGAACAUAAAAACUGUGAAGUGAAACUUUCCCUUUUUUGACUUGCCUUCAAAGUAGCCAUUGAUUCAAACCUUAAAGCGCAAAACAUCAGAAAGUUUGUGUUUCAUGCUUUUUGUAUUUAGACAUCUAGUUUCUAAGUAUUCCAGAAUCGAAGCUAGGUACCAGCAUUGUUCUUUUAGGCUUGUGUUGCAUCUUUUGUGGUGUUGUUUCCUGGCAAAGGGAAGACACAAUGUUGAAAUAGCCAGUGGCCUUGCUAAGCUCUUUUACACAGGGUUGCAUCAGUCCAUAAUGAACAAAGGAAUGGCAGAUAUAAUGCAAACUUGGGCAAUGAGAUAAAUAUUUUUAAAUAUUUUAAAAAGAAAUCAAGUCUGUAAGGAUCAGUAAGAAUCAGGGAGCACUCCAGAUGUCCUGGACUACAACUCCCAGUAUCUUUCAUCACUGGUUGUGGUGUCUGGGGCUGAUGGUGCUUGCAGUCCAACACUAUUUGGAAGGUCAUAUGAUUCUCACCCAAUACUGAAUGCCGAAAUAUGAAAUAUGAACUUUGUUUUAAAAGUUCUUGUCUUUGGAGUAAUUCCAUUUUUUCUAGAGGUUGCUGUGUUGUAUAUGGCUCAAUGAAGGACUGACUCAAUAAUAGCAAUAGGGCUGCACCUUCAAUGUAGUUCAGGGCUAUACUCAUGCAUCUAUCAAUAAGGAUGGCUUUUUAUCACCUGGUUAUGUGCAACUGCAGGUUUUGUGAUAUUAAUGUGGACAGGAUAGAGCAAUUCCUAUGCCAUCAGUACUCUCCCACCAGUGGGAUUCUCAAUGAGUGACAAUAGCCAUUGUGAUUUUCCUUACUCAGCUCCAUAUAUUAGUCACACAUGGGCUCUGUUGCUGUGGGAUUACAUUGCCUAGUGCAAUUCCCACAUGACUCUGGAUAUACUGGAUAUUCCACAUGUUCUUCUUGCCUAGUUUCCAACAGAACUCACAACCUCCGAGGGUUUUUUUUCUCAUUGAAAUUGAAUGUUAUGAGUUAUACAAUUCCAGUUGCAUAACAAUAUAAUUAUUGGAUACUUAAUUUAGAAUAUAUGUUGCUUGUUUGGAACAAAUUCUGCAAAUAGAUUAACAUUAGUUGUUGGAUAUACAACAGGGACAGGGUUAUGGUUUAUCACUGACUUCAUUUAAAUCCAGUUCAGACUUAAGUAGGUACGUCACCACAAUCCCUUUCUUAAACAAGUUGGAUAUGAGUUGGUGUUACAGAUUGGAUAUAUAAAAGAUUAUAUCACUAUAGAAAUAUAGAACUCAUAAAUUAGUUACUUUAAACUAUAUUAUAUACCAUACUUUUCCUUUUUUAAAGUUUUUUUUUUAUGUCAGGAGUGAUUCGAGAAACUGCAAGUCGCUUCUGAUGUGAGAGAAUUGGCCGCCUGCAAGGACGUUGCCCAGGGGAUGCCCGGAUGUUUUGAUGUUUUACCAUCCUUGUGGGAGGCUUUGAGGAUGCCUGCCAUAGAUGUGGGUGAAACAUCAAGAGAGAAUGCAUUAGUAACAUGGCCAUACAGCCCGCAAAACUCACAGCAAGCCAGUGAUUCCGGCAAUGAAAGCCUUCGACAACACAUUGCCUACUGGAACUUUAGAUGUCUAAUCUGUCUAGAGAGAGAUGACAUAUAGUUUAACAAGAAGGUAGUGCUUGUACAGUGAGCUACAUGCCGGCUUUAGAAAAGUGAAUUUUUGAAUAACACUUUCAAAAUACUCUAUAAACACUCUGUUAUGUGAGUAUGUAAGUUAUAACUUAGAAUAUAAGGAGGAGAGAGCCACCAGUGGCAUUACUGAAAUGCAGGAAUGUACCUUGUACCAAGUCUAUAUAAAGCCAAAGUUUGCUCGAGAAUCGCCAUCAGUCACACAUAUGAAUAUCUGAUAUCUAUCUGUCUGUAUGAAUAAUGUGGAUUAUUGUUAAGCAUAGCUUCUUUAUCCGUUAUCUUGAUUUUUGUCAGGUAGGCACAAAUUGGAGGUGCUAAUUAACUUGUUACAAUGAACAAAGUGAAAGAAGAACUUGGCAAAGUCUUCUCUCUUUGCCUCCCUUCUCAGAAACACAGAUUGGACCAUUUCUGAACAUUAAUAAAUAACUUUCCACAUGUUAUUCAGUGAUUUUCCUACAUUGAAAGGUUCUUUGAUAAUCUUUCUCCCACACUGAUUAAUAGUGAAACAUUAGCGUGGGCCCAGAUAUUAUGCAUCUAUAAGUAUGGCUGUGUGUAUAUAUGCUUUUUGGCUCCCAUACCUCUCCAUACCACACCUUGCACCAUUCUCUUUGGAUCUCAUGACUGUUUAAGAACAAGGGCUCUUGAGAAAAAAGAAUGGAAUGGAAGUUAAGAUGAGAGUGAUUAUUAUUGGUACUGUUUGCUUUUAGUUUAAGAUUCCAAAAACUGUACACAAAUAUCUUUAAUAUUCUGUCAGAAUUUUUUUUUAAGAAAAGAAGAAUCUGUACAGAUCUAUGCACUAAAGAAGAGAUAGGGUAUGUAUGACCUUGCAUAUGUUUUUGGACUGUAGCAUCCUCCAUCCACCCUCACUGACCAUGCUAGAUAGGGCUGAUGGGAGUUUCAGAUCAAAAAUAACUUGGGGAUCUGUAUUUCCCAACUCUGCUUUACACUCAACACCUGAGAGUAUGAUUUUCAAAGAGGUUUGCUUCUUUCUGUAACUUAUCCCAUACAACAAUAACAGUAUGAACCUGUCGGUUGUCAUGGUCCCAUUGAUUCAUCAGAGGCCCAGCUACACUGUCAUAUAAUGCAGUUUGAAUAUCAGUUCACGGAAGUUAAACUUUAUUAUUUGAGUCUAUACUUAUAUAGAUGGUACCUAAGAGCCAAAACAGAUGUUAAUGGUGUGGUUAGCAGUUAUUUCUUUGUUUCUGUUUUUCUUGAGAACCAAUGUAAUGUGAAGACUUCAGUGUUGGGUGAAAGACAUCAUCAGAUGGAGGUCCAUAAGUUGGGGGAUAGUGGGGGAAGUCCGUGCGGCAGCAGGGGAAAGCGUGGGGCUACACAUCACUUUAUCCUUUUACCUUCAUAUGACGUUUUCUGGCUGCCCCUGGCUUCCUCCCGCACUGUCCCCAACUUAGUGAAUGAGAACAUGGAUAGUCACUUGUGUUCUCAGGGCUGCUUCUAACCAUGCUGCUGAGACGGAGCUGGGACAGAGACCCGCCAGAAGUAGUCCUGUCUCUGUCCUGGCUAUGUCUUGGCAGCAUCCUAGGAUGGGGAAAAAACCCCGUGUGAUGAAGUCUUAAGUCUGUAAGAGGCAAAGGUCCAAAUUCUGAUUUGGCUAUGCUUUUUCACCUUUAGUGGAAGGUAGUAGCAAAUCUCACCUGAAGAAAUUUUGCCAAGAAAACCCUAUGAUAGGUUCACCUCAAGGCGGUCAAAAAUCAGAAAUGAUUUGAAGGCUCCUAACAACAAAGCCCUGGUGGCAAAGUGUGUUAAAGCACCGAGCUGCUGAACUUGCAGACCGAAAUGUCCCAGGUUCAAAUCCCGGGAGCGGAGUGAGCGCCCACUGUUAGCUCCAGCUUCUGCCAACCUAGCAGUUCGAAAACAUGCCAAUGUGAGUAGAUCAAUAAGUACCACUCUGGCGGGAAGGUAACGGCGGUCCAUGCAGUCAUGCCGGCCACAUGACCUUGGAGGUGUCUACAGACAACGCUGGCUCUUCGGCUUAGAAAUGGAGAUGAGCACAAACCCCCAGAGUCAGACAUGACUGGACUUAACAUAAGGGGAAACCUUUACCUUUAUAUUUAACAACAAAGUGCAGCCCCCUUUCCUGAUCUCAGCACAGGCCCUCAUGCGUGGAAGAAGAGGGAUUUCAUCCUUUGCCUGGAUUGGUAUAGGUCUGAACAGAACCACACAAUCUACAGACAGUAUUGCAGAAAUGGUGGUUUGUUGCUCUAAUGCAGUAGUUCCCACCCUUUUUUUAACCAGGGCCCACUUUGACCAGGGACCCCUCUCAAACAUUAGUACCAAAAGGGUUACAAAUCAGUUUUUGGUCAACUUUAGAUGUGGCUUGGUCAUUUAGGGUGUUGAUUCAUAAAAUUGCAUUGGAUAGACCACAUUAGCUCUAGUUUCUGAUGCAGAACAUAUGCCACCCAGUAGUUGCCAUUUACUUGCCCACAGAAAACCAUAUUUAAUAAUCUAGAGCUGAUGUGGUUUAUCCAAUGCAAUGGUCAGCUUUGUGGAAAGGUGCGGAAAAUAAAAUAAAGAGGAAGGAGGUUCAUGGGCCAGAUUUUCGUUCUCGCGGCCCACUGCUGAGCCGCGGCCCACAGGUUGAGAACCACUGCUCUAAUGUCUGAUUUAGUCCUGAAUCCUUCUAGCUCGGGAUAAUUCUUGGCAUUGUGUUGUCAACCCAUUGUCCUAUACCAGCAUGAGAGUUCAUAUUACUUUGUGUGCUUGGUGAAAAUGUAGCAGGCUGUGGUAUUUAUGUAGACAGGAGGGUCAUUUUCCCCAUCUGAGAGUUGGUUCAUACUUACACAUAUAAUGGCUGAUAACUCCCACUGUCUUCUAAUGUGUAGACCAAUGAUGCAAACAGUUUAAUCUUCAGUAUUUAUCUGCAAAAGGUGCAUUCAUACAUGCAGGUCAUUGUUCAAUGCUUGCAAUCUAGAGUGCAGAAAUAUUACUUUGCGGGCUACAAUUCCCAUGCUGGAUUGAGGAUUGUGGGAGUUAUAGUUCAGUGGAGAAAUAUUUCCAAACUCUGUAAGCAGCCAACAAACGGUAAAGACUGCAUGUCUGAACUGCAUUAGUGGGUCUGAAAGUAAUUGAAGCAGCCCACACUUUUUCUCCUCCGUUUUCUGAACUGGAUGGUCGCCCAUCUGUUUGUCAUCUUUCCAUACUUUUGUUGUGGCAACUAGUGAAAAUCCCAGAAAUAAGAGGUGCCUUUUAUGUGACAAAUGCUGCUUCUCUUCCUUAGUUUUCAGUCAUUAUUGGUAGAAUCUGAAAUAAUGUUUUAUUCAAUGCUUACACCUAUCAGUUCGAUUAUUAUGCCAUUUCUCAUGUGAAUAGUAAACUGCCUUGUAGAAAAGGAUGCAUAUCAAGCUGCAGAUUUGUUUCUGAAAUAGUUUUUUGUUAUGAAAAAAUACCCUGUGCCAUGAUAUUGUUAUUUGUAUGAAGCUUUUUGAAAGGAAGAUAAAAACAUUCCAUCCCGACAGGCACUAAACAUUUAGGGCUCUGUUGGCAGGAAAAAGUAUUAAAACUUACAAGAUAUUUGUGAAGAAUAUGAUGAAAGUGCAAUAAACAAAUCUGAAGAACCUGCUGUGUUAUUCAGUUGUACAGGCAGUCCCCAAGUUACAAACAAGUUGAAUUUGUAAGUCAGAACAGGCUUGUUGUGGAAACAAGGAUUGGUGAUAAAGCUGAAGCUGAGACAACUUUCCCCCAUGAUAACUCUUUCAAGAGUGAAUUUCCCUCCCUAGGGGUAGAUUUCUCUUACAUUUUGUUGUCUCAGCUUCAUUCUUCACUGUGAGUCACUUGCAAAUUGAAUGUAUGUGACUCGGGGACUGCCUGUAUAUGUCUUAUGUCAGAAGAAAGCACAUGUCUUUAAAAGAAAUGCUUUCUGAUGGGGCAGAGCUCCUCUCCAGAGGGGACAGUGUAGUAUUUUGAGUCUCCACAAAAGCUGUGCAUUUUAGAAAAACUGGAUUUUUAAAAAAUCUUCAGUUACAGAUUAGUUUCCAACACAGUUAUGAAACUGAAUUAUGAAGUCAGUCUUCAUAUUGUACAUGGUAUAACCUAGUCUGUACUGUAACAAGAAAAAAUAUUUAUUUUUUAAAAAACAUUGCUUUAUUAUUGCUGUUGCCUUUGUUUGUAAAUAAUGUAUUUGAUGAUUGUAUUUUUGUAUACCUGCUUAUUUCCUCCUGAAAGUGUAUUUUUGUAAAGCGUUUAUAUUUACUACAUACAUUCUCCUUUGCCAUUUGUCUUUGUGAUGCUUAACUUCACUUAAAUAAAAAAAAUGAUAUUUAGGAUA